UUCAUCUCCAUCUUGAUGGGUUACGAUACUGGUGUCAUGAGCGGCGCCAUGUUACUCAUCCAGGAAGACCUCAAGGCGUCGGACAUGCAAAUCCAAGUUCUUGCCGGCAUCCUCAACGCUUGCGCCCUCAUCGGGUCGUUGACCGCAGGGCGAAUCUCCGAUCUAAUAGGCCGCCGUUACACUAUCAUCGUAGGUGCCGUCAUUUUCUUCGUUGGCUCCGUCCUCAUGGGCCUGGGUCUCAACUUCGCCAUGUUGCUGUCCGGCCGCUGUGUUGCCGGCAUUGGCGUAGGGUACGCGCUCAUGAUCGCGCCCGUCUACUCGGCGGAGAUUUCUUCGACUUCCUCCCGCGGUCUCCUUAGCUCACUCCCAGAGAUCUGCAUCAGCUUCGGAAUCCUUAGCGGCUACCUUGCCAACUUCGUCUUCGGCAAGCUCCCGCUCGUCUACGGCUGGCGCGCCAUGCUCGGGGUCGCUGCCAUUCCAUCCAUUGCCCUCGCCGCCAGCGUUGUCAUGAUGCCCGAGUCGCUGCGGUGGCUGGUGAUGCAAGGCCGCAUCAAGGACGCGCGCGGCAUCCUCCUCCGCAUCAGCAAUAGCGAGGAGGAGGCUGAAAGGCGACUAGGGGAAAUCAAGGUCACGGUGGGAAUCGACAAGGCGUGCUCCGGGGACGUGGUGGAAGUGGAAUCCAAGCACCACGGGGAAGGAGUGUGGAGGGAGAUCCUGCAUCCAACUCCGGCGGUAAGACGGGUGCUCAUCGCCACCGCCAACAUCCAUGUGUUUCAGCACGCCACUGGAAUCGAGGCGGUGGUGCUGUAUAGCCCUAGAAUCUUCAAGAAGGCCUGGCUGGUGACCAAGGACCAGCUGUUUCUAGAGACUAUCGCUGUGGGGACGUUCAAGAUGGCUUUCAUCCUGCUGGCAGUGAUGUUGGUGGACAGAGUGCGUCGUCGGAAGUUGUUCCUGGGGAGCUUGACGGGGAUGAUGGCCUCGUUGGUGGGGCUUGGGACGGUGCUGACGGUGGUGGAGCGGGCGGAGGAGAGGGUGGUAUGGGCAGAGGUGUUGUGCGUGGUGUUCGUGCUGUCGUUCGUGUCGUCGUUCUCGUGUGGGCUUGGUCCGGUGACGUGGGUGUACGCCUCAAAAAUAUUCCCACUGAGGCUGAGAGCACAGGGGGCGAGCUUGGGGGUGGCCAUAAACAGGCUAAUGAACUCCGCCAUGUCGAUGUCCUUCAUCUCCCUCUACAAGGCCAUCUCCAUCGGUGGCGCCUUCUUCCUCUUCGCCAACAUUGGGGUCUUCGCUUGGGCUUUCUACUACACGUGUUGCCCGGAAACCAAGGGGAGGGCGCUGGAGGAGGAGAUGGCUGAGGUCUUCUCGAGGCCCGGUGAAAAUAAGUCAGAAAAGAAAAUUCCCCGAUCUAUACACUCUGUAACUAACUCUAUUUGA